UGAACGCAGCCAUUCAAUCUGAAAGGUGGCCAACUUGAGCGUGUGAGGGCGUAACCACUCGCGACGCACUUUACGCGAUGCCCGUUUGGGCGAUUAAGUAGGGUGAUUUUUACCGGCCUUAUACUUCCUCUUCUCGUGACUUGAUACAAUGGCGUCCGGAAUCCUUUACACGUACCCGGAAAAUUUCCGAGCCUACAAGGUCUUGAUUGCGGCUCAAUUCUCUGGUAUCCAGAUCAAAAUUGCGGAUGAUUUUGUCUUUGGCGAGACUAACAAGAGCACAACAUUUUUAAAGAAAUUUCCAUUAGGAAAGGUUCCUGCUUUUGAAACAUACGAUGGGAAAUAUAUUACAGAAAGUAAUGCAAUUGCUUAUUAUGUGGCUAAUGAACAACUGAGAGGAAAAACUGAUAUUGAACAAGCAUUGAUUAUUCAAUGGUUAGGUUUUGCUGAUUCUGAAAUUCUACCUGCCAGCUGUGCUUGGGUAUUUCCUUUACUGGGAUUAAUGCCAUAUAAUAAACAGACUGUGGAAAAUGCUAAGGAGGACAUAACUAAAGCACUCACUGUUUUAAACACUCAUUUGCUUACACGGACUUACUUAGUAGGAGAACGAUUGACUCUGGCAGAUAUCUGUGUAGCUAUGACAUUGCUUCACUUGUAUCAAUAUAUUCUUGAACCAGAGCUGCGUAAGCCUUACCAGAAUGUAAAUCGAUGGUUCCAAACAGUCAUCUAUCAACCUGAAUCAAUUGCUGUAAUCGGUGCCUUUAAACUGGCGGAUAAGACUAUAGAGUAUGAUUCUAAGAAAUAUGCAGAAAUUCAGGGAAAGAGUUCAAAAAAAGAAAAGAAAGAAUCUAAGAAAGAAGCUAAGGAGCCAAAAGAACUCAAGGAGUCGAAGAAAGAAGCCAAAGUUGCAGUGGAAAAGACCCCAGUAGUAGAUGAUGAACCUGACGCAACAGAGGAAGCUUUAGCUGCUGAGCCAAAGAAAAAAAAUCCCUUCGCUUCGAUGCCUAAAAGCUCCUUCGAUCUUGAUGAUUUCAAACGAUUUUACUCCAAUGAGGAUGAAUCUAAAUCGAUUCCUUAUUUCUGGCAAAAAUUCGACGCCGAAAAUUAUAGUAUUUGGCUCAGUGAAUACAAGUACAAUAACGAACUAACUAAGGUUUUUAUGUCCUGUAAUUUAAUCAGUGGUAUGUACCAACGAUUAGAUUCGAUGAGAAAAGGUGCAUUUGCUAGUGCCUGUAUAUUCGGGGAAGAUAACAACAAUACGAUUAGUGGCAUAUGGGUUUGGCGAGGACAAGAUCUUGUUUUUACCCUAAGUCCAGAUUGGCAAGUGGAUUAUGAAUCUUACAGUUGGACAAAACUCGAUCCAUCUAAGGAAGAAACAAAGGAAUUGGUCAAGCAAUAUUUUAGUUGGACUGGUGUAGACAAAGAAGGACGCAAAUUCAAUCAAGGAAAAGUUUUCAAAUAAACUUUGCAUCAAAUAACAAGAUAAAAUAAAAAUAAACCCUAUUCAAAUGAAAUAAAUCUAAAGAAAUGAUAAAAUAUCUUGAAAAAUUUACAUAUGCCCUUUAAAAACCCUAUGUUUAAGAGGAGAACAAAAUCAGCACCUAAGAUCUCUCGCCUAAAUACACAUUUCUUUCUCGAUCUUUAAUCGAUGUGAAAUGAACUCUUCGUUAUACAUCUUAUAGACAUCUACACUGCUUCAUUGAUUUAUAAUGUAAAUCUUCAGUUUUCAAAACAAAGAUUCUAUCAUGCGUAUACAUUGUGUAUACACGCGUGCAUGCGCGCGUAAUUUUUCAAAUAUUUUUUACAUCUUCAAUAUCAAUUCAUAUAAACUGUAAUUCAGGUUAUAAAUUCAAAAGUAAAUUUUCAAUAGGAAAAGUUAUUGAUGAGUAGAGAAAGAAAUCGAUAUUUUAUGCUACGUGUUAAGUUCGUGAAACAUGUAACGAUAUUACAAAGAAAUGUUACUUAUUGUAAUUAACUGCUUGAUUUGCAUGAGGAAUAUAUUUUUAUUAUCGUCUAUGCAUAGAAUAUAUCCUGAGUUAAUUAAGAAUUGUUACACAUGUAUGUGCUUAAUAUAUGCCGAAUAUUUAAAAAAAAUGUAUGAAUACUUUCUUUAAUAUUGAUAUAAACGUGUAUUUUCACAAAUAAAUUGGACAUUAUUAAAGGUCUGAAA